AUGAACCCAAUCAAUAGACCCCAACCCUCGGCGUCAGGAUCGAUUAGUGUAACGCCCAACCAUCAACAAUUUGGCGGAGAUUCGUUAAUAUACCAAAAUCCACCUCCACCACAGGGAACAACGGGGGAUGUGAACCCAUAUCAAUGGUCACAAUCACAACCAGGGCAACCACACCCUCCACCUCCAGGGCCAGGGUAUACCGCUUGGGAUGGGUUUCCAAAUGCGCAACCUCCACAACAUCAUCCUCUACAGCACGGUCCGCAUGCCCCUCAUCCGGCUCACUCAUGGGAUUCGUCUAAUCCUCCGGCACCUACAGACGAAAGCGGAAAUUAUGGACAGCUCGGACAGCCCGGCCAUCCGCAGCAACUCGGGCAGAAUCCGGUACGUCCCGACGGUCGUGAGGGCACAUCCGGGCCACAUGGAAUUGGAGAUUUAAAUCAACCAUUGGACGGCGCGUUAGAGGAAGAAAAAAGUAUUGCUUACGAAGACCCUAAUCUGCCCAAGGAUUUUAUUAAGAUUUUGAGCAGAACGCUGUAUGUCGGAGGAGUAACCCAGUCAACUACGAAGGAACGACUCUGGGAAAUUUUUUCUUGUCAUGGGAAGGUUGUGAGCGUAACGCUUAAUUAUGACAAAAACAACGCUUUUGUAAAAAUGGACACACGGAAUGCUGCUAUACGGGCGAUUGCGGAUAAACGAGUCAAGGUUCGAUGGGGCGUAGGCUUUGGCCCAAAAGACUGCUAUAAUUUUGCACAUGGCGAAUCGCUAAUCCCACUUGACCGCCUAACAGAGACAGACCGGAAAUGGUUAUUGACGUCCAAAAUGGGCGGAACGGGUGGCCGACCCAUACUUGGCGGCAUUGUCCUUGAAGAACCAGAUAUUAUAGUCGGUGAAGGAUAUUCAAGCGGAUCGGCCAACAAACGAGUUAUGACGCAAAUUAUUGAUGGUAAGGUCAAGACUAAUACGAAGGGUGAAGGUACGAGUACAAGUAGUAUGGAUGAUGUUGUUGGUAUCGAUAGGGAAGAGAAAGAAAAAAAGGGCGAUGGCAUGGCUUGGAUGUCACCACAGGGGGACGCAUCGAUAGAAUCCAUGAGCACGACGAGUCAAGUAUCAACUACUGCCCCAACAUCUGUUCAGCUUGCAGUACCACCCUUUGGAGCCCCGCCGGCUCACAUCCAGCUACCUUCAUCCCAGCAACAACAGCAACAACACGCACCAAUCCAUUCUCCGCCAAUACGUUCUCCACCAAUACGUUCUCCACCAAUACGUUCUCCACCAAUACGUUCUCCACCAAUCCACCCUCCCCAUCAAAUUCCGCCUGGCACUCUGGCCAAUGCACAACACCUUAACCCUCCACCUACUCAUAUGUUGUCUGGACCUCCACCACCGAGUAAUGGUAGUGGUCCUGUCCCACCUCUACAUGCGCACCAAGAACCUGCUUUUCCCUGGACACACGGAAUACAAAGCAACGACAACGCACAUAAGAUGCAUCCAGAAAAUGCACCUCCACCGGGAGCGUAUCCGGGAGAAUUCAUGUCGUCAGCAGCUGCGCCCCCUGGAAUGCAGGAACAAGCACAACCACCUCACGGACAGUAUCAUUAUCAGAGAGGAGGCCCGAGGCAAGGGAGGGCCGGAGGAGGAUUCGGAUACAAUCAUAAUGAUGGAAAUGUUGACGCAUAUCGUAGUCAUCAUUCGAACGAUCCACAUGCAGGCGAUCCACACAUGAACAUUGCUCAUAUGCAGAUGGGCGGUCCGCACAUGAAUAAUCCACAUAUGAAUAAUCAACACGCAAAUAUGCAUCAUCCACCGCAGCCACCGCAUCAUCCACUACAUCCUCACGCUCAUCCGCACGGACAUCCUCAUGGUCACUCGCCAAUACAAGAUAACAGACAAUUCCGUCCUCGCGUCGGUGAUGCUCGUAACGCAAAGGAUACGCGAGGUAAAAGAGACAAACGAAAGCGAAGGGAUCGAUUACGAGGUGAUCAUUACAGUCCACCGCGAGAUGAUAGUUACAUACGUAAGAGGUCAAGAUGGGAUGGAAGUGGGAGUAGUAGCGGGAGUGGCAAGUGA